CGGCAUGUGGGGAGCGGGGGCUCGGCGCGCGGCAGGGCUCAGUCUCGCGCCGCCGCGGCUCGCGCCCCGCGGCCCCCCCCGCCCCCCCUCCUCCUCCCCGCUCCUCACUUUGUCCCCCCCCUCCCUCCCUCCCCUCUAACCCCGCACCAUGGCACGGCCCCCCCCGGCGCCGCGCCGGCCCCCCCCGCGCCUCGGCGCCCCUACGAGUCAGGUGUGAGGCCCUUGGUGUCCCCCCCCCCACCUCCACCGCAGGACGAGUCAGCCCCCGCAGCUCCCCGCAGCCUCCUUGCUGGGGGCACCCCUGCCGUUGGGGUUUUCCUUAUUUUGGGCUUUUUUUAAACAUAUAUAUAUAUUUUUUUUUUUCCUUCUCGGCCCCCACCCCCUCUCAGUCCUCCUCCUUGCUCCUUCCCUCCCUCUCGCCUCGCCGUCAGGGAAUCCAGCACCGCACAGAAGCCAGAGGAACCCAGCCCCAGGCUGAAAGCUGCGUCCAGCCCAAGCCCACCCUUCGGAUCGGAGCAGAGGAGGGGGAGGGGCGCGGGGAGCUCUUUUUUUUGGUUUGGUGGCUUUUUUUUUCUUUUUUUUUUUAUUAUUAGCAUUUUUUUAAUCCCGCCCCCGAAUCGCAGGGGAGGAAGCAGAGUUGGGUCAGGGAGGCUUCCCUGGUUAUUUAUUCUCUACCCCCCACCUCCCUCACCCCCAACCCUGCAGAGGUGUCUUCUCCUUGGGGGGCCGCCGGCUCACCAUGAUGUUUCGAGACCAGGUUGGCGUGUUGGCCGGCUGGUUCAAGGGCUGGAACGAGUGCGAGCAGACUGUUGCGCUGCUCUCGCUGCUCAAACGCGUCAGCCGGACCCAGGCUCGCUUCCUCCAGCUCUGCCUGGAGCACUCCUUGGCAGACUGCACCGAGCUCCACAUCCUCGAAGGGGAAGCCAACAACCCUGGAAUCAUUAACCAGUGGCAGCAGGAAUCCAAGGAUAAAGUGAUUUCCCUCUUGCUAACCCACCUGCCUUUACUGAAGCCUGGGAACAUCGAGGCUAAAGUCGAGUACAUGAAACUCUUGCCUAAGAUCCUGGCGCACUCGAUCGAACACAACCAACACAUCGAGGAGAGCAGGCAGCUGCUGUCCUACGCCUUGAUCCACCCUGCCACCUCUCUGGAGGACAGGAGCGCCCUGGCCAUGUGGCUCAACCACCUGGAGGACCGCACGUCGGGCGGCUUCGGCGGCCAGAGCAGAGGCCGGUCGGAUUCGGUGGACUACGGCCAGGCGCACUACUAUCACCAAAGACAGAACUCCGACGACAAGCUGAACGGGUGGCAGAGCUCGCGGGACUCGGGCAUCAGCGUCAGCGCGCCCAGCUGGCAGGACAAGAGCCUGGCGUGCGAGAACGGACACCUGCCCCUCUACUCCUCCUCCUCCGUCCCCACCACCAUCAACACCAUCGGCACUAGCACAAGCACCAUUCUCUCAGGCCAGACACACCACAGCCCUUUGAAACGCUCUGUGUCCCUUACCCCACCCAUGAAUGUGCCAAACCAGCCUCUAGGACAUGGAUGGAUGUCUCAUGAGGACUUACGAGCUAGAGGACCCCAGUGCAUCCCUUCCGAUCAUGCCCCCCUGUCUCCACAAAGCAGUGUAGCCUCUUCGGGAAGUGGUGGGAGUGAACAUUUAGAAGAUCAGCCUUCUGCUCGUAACACAUUCCAGGAGGAAGGGAGUGGGAUGAAAGACGUCCCCGCCUGGCUGAAGAGCCUGCGGCUGCACAAGUACGCUGCCCUCUUCUCGCAGAUGACCUACGAGGAGAUGAUGGCCCUCACCGAGUGCCAGCUGGAGGCGCAAAACGUUACCAAAGGCGCAAGACACAAAAUAGUCAUCAGCAUCCAAAAGCUAAAAGAAAGACAAAACCUGCUCAAGUCUUUAGAAAGGGACAUCCUGGAAGGUGGCAACUUGCGUGUCCCGCUGCAGGAGCUGCACCAAAUGAUCCUCACCCCCAUCAAAGCCUACUGCGCGCAGAGCUCGGGCGCGGAGGAGCACGGCCGGGACGCGGACUCGCAGCCCCCCUCCCUGCUGGGCUCCGACAGCCACGGCCCCGAGGGCAAGGACUCUGCCGCGGCAGGGAUGCCGCAGCACCACUUAGCGGGCUGCGAGGGCGAGUCGGGGGGGGGCCCUCUGCCUGACGGUGACCUGCCUGGACAGUUCACCAGAGUGAUGGGCAAAGUAUGCACACAGCUUUUAGUUUCCCGACCUGAUGAAGAGAAUAUAAGUUCCUAUUUACAGCUCAUAGACAAAUGUCUGAUCCACGAGGCGUUCACAGAGCUGCAGAAGAAGCGGCUGCUGUCAUGGAAACAGCAGGUGCAGAAACUCUUUCGCUCCUUCCCUCGGAAAUCCCUCCUGGAGCUCUCAGGCUACCGGCAGCAGAGGAGCCGAGGCUUUGGCCAGUCGAACUCCUUGCCGACAGCUGGAUCUGCAGGGGCAGGGCUGGGCCGGCGCAACCCUCGCCAGUUCCAGAUCCCCUCCCGUAACCUCCCCACCGCCCGCCUGGGGCUGCUGGGUCCCAGCGGGCUGCUGGGCACCCCCCAGCGCAGCCCUGCCGCCAGCCCUGCCAUCCUCAAGCAAGGCAGACAGAACCUCUGGUUUGCCAACCCUGGGGGCAGCAACAGCAUGCCCAGCCGGAGCCACAGCUCGGUGCAGAGGACGCGCUCGCUGCCGGUCCACACCUCCCCACAGACCAUGCUGAUGUUUCAGCAGCCAGAGUUCCAGGUGCCGGUGACUGAACCUGACAUCAACAACAGGCUGGAGUCCCUGUGCCUGAGCAUGACGGAGCACGCGCUCAGCGAUGGUGUCGACCGAACCUCCACAAUCUAGAAGGCGUCGCGACGGGGGCGCUGGCCAGGAGAACAACUGCUGCGGGUCCAGCGGCGAGGUCGGGGCUUGCAGGGAGCCUCAGAAAUAGCUUGCAUCCUUUCUCCACUCUCCUCUUCUUCCUCUCUCUCUCUCUCUCUCCUUUCUCUCUCGUUUUAAUUUUGUGAAUGUGUAGAUUGUCCUUGUGAACAUAUCAUUAGACUUGGAAUUUGUGUUGUCAUUUAUUACAUCCAUGCUGGGCUUGGGGGGGGGGGGGGGGAGGGGGAGGUUGUGUUAAAAAACAAAACAGAAACAAGCAAACAACCACCAACAACAAAUCAAACUCCAUGAGGAGGAUGAAGAAGCAUGGGGAGGGUGUCGGGGGCGGGGUGGGGGGGCAUGCAGCAGGAGAGUGCUGGCAACGGAGGGUUCAGCGGAGCACCGAGGGCAAAAACCCUGCUUCUGGAUGAGGAAUCGAGUGACUGUGGAGUAGCACCUGGGUGUGUCUGACCAAAACCCCCUCUGGGCAGGAGCUGGCCCACCAGGAAGCUGAGUUGCUCUUGUGUUCAGGCAUGGCCUGGCCUGGCGAGCCCAGGUGUUUAGAGAAAAAGGGAGGGGAAGAAAAGUGAUAAUAAUAACCCCAACGUUUCCUUUCAGUUUAGCCAAGAGCAUCCCCCCGCAGGUUGGAGGCAGCGUCGUGCUCAGGGCAGUGGAGGUGGAGGGGCAGUGGACACCUGCUGGGUGCAGGAUCAACCUCCACCCAGCGUCCCUCUGCCCCUGACAUGGGUUUGGAGGGUUUGGGUGAGGGUCUCGGGGGUUAGUCAGCAAAAGGUGGGGGGAAAGCGGGAUGAGUUUCUGUGUCUCUUGGCUUGUCUGUGUGAGUACUGGGAAGGUGCUGCAUGCAUGGCUUCACACAUCCACCCCUAAACCUCGGCCAGGCUGGGGGCUUCUAGCCCUGAGGAGGGAUGGAGGAGGCUUGGGAGUAAAGGUGGCACUUCGUUUCACCAACUCAGACCUCAGCCCCACGGAGCACCCCACUGCAGUUCGACGGCACCAUUUCUUUGGCGUUAAAGGUGUGCUGGGGAGGAGACCUGGGUCUCUGCUGCCCCCUCAGCGGUCGCUGCACUGCUUUCUUUGUACCCAGGCGCUCCGUUUGGGCUGAGGGCGCAAAAAAAGCUAACUCCAAGACGGUGCUGCUUGAGCCCAUGCUUAAAGUGAGACCGGAGCCAGAAAAGCCACCGGCGGCCGCAGUGAUGCUCAGCGGAGCGAUGGCUUCACCGUUGGUCCUGAUGCUGCUCCCGAGUGCUCUGAUGGAUUAGCAGUGAUAACUUUUAAAGGAGUUAAAUCGAAAGGCGGUGAUGAGCGGGAGCGGCAGCCUCGGAGGAGGGCGUUGCAGCAGUAGUCGCAGGAGGGGUUUGGCCGUGAGCGCCUGCAGGCAGCAGCGUGUGCUGGGACCGGCCGGAGCAGGGCUGAGGGGCAGCUGGAGCGGGGCUGGCCCGGCAGUGGUGGGAGAUGUGUCAAGCCAUUUGCCAUGCAGCACCUUGGAGUCGUUUGCUACCAAAAACCAAACCAAGUGCCAAAUGCCAUGUUUUGUGUUCGCUCUUGGGUGCCAAAUGCCAUGUUUUGUGUUUGCAGUUGGGUGCCACACGCCGUGUCUUGUGUUUGCUCUUGGUACCCUGCUUCCUGGCGGGCAGGAGCUGGGCGUGGGGGUGUGCUGGGUGGAGGAGCAGAGAAGGGAAAACCUGAAAGCAAGGGGAGGUUGGGGAGAGGUGUGAGGAGGUGAUGGUGAAGUGGGGACCAGAGGGGAGACCGAGCCAGCUGGGUCACCCCUUGAGCAUCCCCUGGCUUGUAUGAAACCGAGGUGUGACACAACCACCUGUAGCAGGAACCUUCCCCAGGGGAAGGCUCCAACGUUAUUUAGGGAGCUGAAAUUCUAUUUAUUCCUUCACUGACUAUAGAAUAAACAGAGGCUAUCUGAUUGUUAGAGAUGUUAUUUUGGAUAUAUUACCUAUUAACUUGCUAUGGCUGGUAACCAUGAUUAAUAAUAAUGUCUGUUAUUAAUAACCACCAAAUAACUCAGUCGUUUGGGUUGGGUUUGGUUAUUUUUUUUUCCCCCCUUUGGCUUAAAAAGAAGAGAGGAAAGAAAAAAAACCCUCACAAAGCAGCAGCUUAUUUUCCAUUGACAGAAUAUAAGUGAAUAACAACUUGGUUGUGUUUGCUGUUUCUUGUUUGGUUAUGUUUUAUUUUUCAAUAGGUCCCCCCAAAAAAUUAAUAAUGAUUAAUAAUUAAUAAUAAUUAAUAAUAAUAAUAAUAAUAAUAAUUAAAGUGGCUUCAGUUGCGUUCGGGAAAGUCCUACCUGGCUUUGAGUGCCUGUGCUGAGUGCAGGCAGCAGAGCCCCAGGGAAAUAAGUGUUAAAUAUAUAUAUAUAUAUAUAUAUAAAAAAAAGUAAAGCAUAAAAAAGACAAAAAAAAAGAUUAAAAACAAAACCAAAAACCAAACAAAAAAACCAAACAACCCCCCCCCCCAGGAGCACCUCCCCACCCCCCAGCAGUUGCAUGAGUGAGGCUGUGAAGUCAACUCUUCAGUAAUAAAGCGGCAGUGCCUUUCUUUCUUUGUAUUCACCCAUUCACCCCCCGUGUGCAGCUGUGGAGCUGAGGGCAAUGUGGUGGGCAGCUGGUGGUGGGCAGCUCUCCCUCCUGCCCCCUUGCUCUCCCAGAGACAGCCCCCAGCACCCGCCGGGGACCUUUUACUGGUGCUGUUCCCCUGAGCCAUCCCCGGUUGCCCCAGGGUCGAGGCUCCGUCCCUGGAGGUGUUUGAGGCCAGGCUGGCUGAGGCUGUGUGCAGCCUGCUCUAGGGUAGGGUGUCCCUGGGCAUGGCAGGGGGGUUGGAACUGGCUGCUCCUUGCAGUCCCUUCCAACCCUGCCUGAUUCUAUGAGUCUAUGGUUCUAGGGGAGGCCAAGCCAGCUCAGCACCCAAGUGUCCUUGGGGCCGGUGGGUGCUCCUCGUGGGAAAUAGAACCCCAACCUUUUCAUUUUAAGGUGUCCUCCCCAGGGGUAAGCCCUGAGCUCGAGUGGACUUGAGCUGGGCUUUAUUUCUGCUUGCUCAGCUCAUGAAAAGACCUUUGAAGGGGGAGUAUGGGGGAGGGGGUGGGAUGUGUGCCAAGUCCAGCCAGCAUCCAGCAGGAAAAUCCAUAAACUGUGAUUUGUGCCGGUGCAGAGCGAGGCUCAAGUUUGGUCAGCACUUAGGGAAACCUCCUUCUGUUGUCAUCUUUCUCCAUGUCAGGGUGCAGCUGUGCCCUCCUCUCCCCCCUCCCCCCCCCCCCCCCCAGGUUUGGCUUUUUCCUUGAAUGUGCCUGAUGGAAAAGUGGGUCCCUGCAGACGUCUAUAAUUUGCACACAAGUGGUUGAUAAACACUAAAAGUUGAUUUUAUACAAGUCAUCAGAGUUUGCAAAGUGAGUUUUAUUUUUUGUAUUCCUUUAUCUUUACUUAAAAAAGGUGAAUGUGUAUUCCUCUGGGAGGAAUAGGAAGAAAAAUACCAAAAAAAAAAAAAAAAAAGAAACACACAAAAAAAAAAAAAAGGAAAAAGCAUUAAAAAAUGUACAAAAAAAAAUAGGAAUGUUAAUAAUGUUAAACAGGAAAAAAAACUUCCUCCCUUAGUAAUAUAUAUAUGUAUAUAAAUACAUAUAUAUAUAUAUAUAUAUAUAUAAACCCCUUCUGUAUUUAUGCCUCUUGUAAGCUUACUUUACAAAAGCUUUCACCUCUUCUCUUCUGUUGCAUGCCAUUCCCAGGCAGCCUUUUAUUGUCCAUGCAUGCCUUUAGUCCUGGUUUUCCUGUACAGAGUUAGUGCACAAAGAACUAUUUUUGCCUAGUUAAUGUUGCCAAGCAAUGCCUAUUUUUUAACUAUGAUGAUUUGCCUUCCCCUCCCCAUCCCCCCCACUUUUUAUUUCCCUUCCCCCUCCCCCCCCCCCCCCCCCCCCCGUUCCUUUCCUUUGUCAUAUAUGGCAGUUAGCAUGUUUGUUACAUGUAAAAGCUUCCUGAUAUAAAGAAGUACUAAUGUUUGGAGAUGCUGGUCCUUGCAAGUGUACAGUUUGCCCAUGUUGUUCCCAGUGACACAGCCCUCGUGAGUGCGACUUGCUCCCAUGUAUUUAUUACUCAUUGCCUCCCCUGUGCCGAGGAACCGUGGCUCUGUUUCAUACCAACGUCCGAUUCAAAGUGAAGGGAGAUGAUUAAUACAAGGUUUUGUAACA